AUGACCAACUGGGUGUGCUGCAAUGUCUGUUUUCAUCCCCCUUCUGCCCAAAUUCGACUGGCCAUCACGUCGUGCGGCCACGUAUUUUGUUCUAAGUGCGCCUACAGAGGUAAACAAGGCAAGUGUCUGGUCUGCAAUGAGAAAUGUCAAAUUUCAGCUCUUUCUGACAAAACGCCCCCGGAUGUGAAGACCCUGUUCUUUGACAUUGACCAUACGACAAACGAGCAUUUAUUAGAGAUUGUCAAAGUUCUAAGGUUCCAGGCCAGACAUUCUAAAAGAUUGCUCACACACUACCGGGAAAGGAAUGAGAAACUGGAGGAGGGCUGGCUUAAGAUGAAGCAAGAAAAUCAGCAGAUGGCCAACCAACUGAAAGAACAGCACGCCUACAUCAGUGAACUGAAACAUUCACUUCAAAGUUUAAAGGCCUCAUCAAUGGGCCACGGCUCCCAAGGUGCACACGGAAGAAAUGAGAUGGCGAGAAUAUUUUUUCUUGAGGAGGCAAGAAAAAUGGUGUUGGAGGAGGAAUGUCCCACAGACUCAAUGGAUGAAAAGGAUGAUGUGUCACAAGACUAUGAUGAAGAUUUUGAGCCACUUGUAGGAGAGGAGGAAGAGGAUGAUGAUUAG